GGAGAGCAUAUGCAGACAUUUCUUUCAAGAUUAUUUAUUAUUGUGGACCCACUUCAUUAAGAGAAACUUGUGCCCGUAAUUCCUAGCCAAGAUGCCUCCGAAGCGAGGAUGGAUAGACAAGAAGACCGCGACAACAUACCAGCUUUUUCACAGAUCCCAGAAUGAUCCUUUGAUCCACGACCCUGAGGCGGAUGACCGGGUUCUUCACCAGGUCUCCGGACCAUCCCACCCACCCAACGGUCCAAGAGCUACAAGACAUUUGGGCGAUUUGGAGAGGGAGUUUGCCCAGUCUGGAGCCCGUAAAAACGAAGGAGAGGCGGCGAACUACGGUAUCUUCUACGAUGAUUCCGAGUAUGAUUACAUGCAGCACCUUCGGGAAUUGGGCAAGGGAGGUGGGGAGGCACAUUUUAUCGAAGCUUCAGCCAGGAAGGGCAAAGGCAAAAUGAAGAAGCUGGAAGAUGCACUAGCAGAGAGUGGCCUUGAAGGCGAUUUCGAUGGACUUUCUCUGAGGGACGCCUCUUCGACCUAUGGUGGAGAUGACAUGCUGUCAACGGCUUCAUCGUACGUUAGAAAACCCACCUAUCAGGAUCAACAAGAUGUUCCCGAUGCGAUAGCCGGAUUUCAACCAGAUAUGGAUCCAAGGUUAAGAGAGGUUCUAGAGGCUCUUGAAGAUGAGGCGUUUGUAGACGAGGAAGGUGAAGAGGAUGUAUUUGAUGCCCUUGUGGAAGGUGGAAUCGAUGCAGAGGUCGACCCGGACGAGUGGAGGGAUACGUAUAUUGAAGAUGAUGAUGAAGGAUGGGACUCAGAUGCUACAGAAAAGGCACCGGUCCAACCGAUGUCAUCCUCGACAUCACACAAGAAGGACGACUCGAAAGCAUAUACCACUUCUCAAACGGAGUCUGAGCUCCCUUCGCACGACGCACCUAUUCCGGACGCCACGAAUGAUGAUGGAGAUUGGCUUAAGAAUUUCGCGAAAUACAAAAAGGAUAUGAAAUCCAGACCUUCGCCAACUGAUGCUUCAGAAAAUGCUUCCGAGCUUCGUACCACAGCCUCGACUUUGUUCACAGUUGGCGGAACGCCCAUUCGGAAAAAGAAGCGCAAAGGCGCACUUACUAACCCAUCCGCAUACUCCAUGACUUCAUCCUCUCUUGCCCGUACUGAAGGUCUUCGCCUCCUGGACGAUCGCUUCGAGAGGGUGGAGGCUUUAUAUGCGUUGGAUGAAGGCGAGGAAUAUGAAGGCUCGAGUAUGGCGGAUGACGUGUCUAUCAUGAGUGGUAUGUCCAAGUAUUCGCAGACACCGAGCAUGGUUUCGCAGAGCGGCAAUGUUCCGAUGAGGGAAGAUUUCGAUUCAGUGAUGGACGAGUUCCUGGGCGGGUGGCAGGAUCGCGGAAAGCAAGCGAAAAGAAAAGGGGCAAAGGGAAAGAGAGGAAAGAAUGGCAAUGAAGUCGCGGGCAUGAGAAUGUUAGAUGAAAUUCGGCAAGGACUUGGACCUGCGAAGGUUUCAGGGAGGGUUUGAGAUGUCCUUGCGAUAAUUCUUGAAGUGCCGUUUCUACAUGUCGAUGGUUGAAAAAGUAUUUUCGAUGAGCAUUUUAUACCAGAUUUUGCAUAGCGGCGAAUGGGCGAAGUCACCCGCAAAUUUGAUUCACCAAUAAAUUCCUGCAUAAUUCCUGUGUCCUUCCACUUUAAAAUGGUGAUAUAUUACAAUAGUAGAGUACAUACUAUUUUGAUUAUUUGUCGCUUUGUCUAGUGCUGAUGUGUCACAUCGCUCCACCAACAAUGUUAACAAUCCACAUUGCCAAUCUCACAUGCCACCCGACACGUCUCUCUACUUUUCUAAAAUCCUCUCUGGAUACCGCCUUGGCAUCCUCUUGAAGCCACGCCGCCUCCUCUCCCAGUCUUUGCUUCAACUGUUCAUUCGUCGUCACCACCACUGCGCCAACCUCCAGAUCAAGACUGUAGCUGCGUUUCGUAUAGUUGCUGCUUCCCACAAACGUCAAGCUAGGAGUUUUCUCGUUUGGAAGCGUGAUCCAAAGGCCUUUUGCGUGGUAGGUCCAGCCACCCGGUUCACCUACAGUGCCGCGCCGCCAUUCCUUUAACUGGAUUGAAUUUGUCUUUUGUGCUUCUGCAACACGAUCAAGAAAUCGGGCUGAGAGGUACGUGUAUCCUGCUGGCAACAUGCCUGAGACGCCAGGAGAACCAUAGAAGCCAUUGGCCCAAGGCGAGGCUGUGAGCACGACGCCCUGUGUAUGUGGGGAUGUGGAAUAUGAUGUGCUGGCGAUAAGAAGAGAGGACAAAGCAGGGUGGAUGUUAAAAUACCCAGCCGUGAAAAGCCACUUGGAGUUUUCUAACGCAGGGUUGGUAGAAAGAGCACCAAGAAUGCUGAUGACGGCGGGAAACUCUGUUGAUUCGUCUGGCUUCAGAAGAGGAGUGAACUGCGCGACUGGAUAUACGUAGGUCUUAUCUUCCGAAAACGAAGAGACUGAAAGUGUGGAAGUAGUUGGGGUUAUCAAUUUCGGAAGUAUUGCUGAAGCGCUGGAAAUAAAGUCCUCCGGGCGCUCCAGGGGAGACGGGCCUGUAUUUCCCGAUGGCCAUUCCAAGGUGUAGCCGGAUUUCUG